GAGCUGAGACUGGAUUUUGGUGUAAGAGCGAUUUUACCUUUUACGACAUCUGUAGAUAAUAUACCGCGACGGGUAAUACUUCACUGUCACUAGAAAUCCCAAGAACUCGGCGGAUCACCAAGAAGCACACCGCGCGGCUUCUUGGCCUUUUUACCGAACAAGAAAAAAGAUCUGAGGGAAAAGCACAAGUGAUUCACAAGAGCUAUUCUCCUAUUUUUACCAAGUAUUCUUUUAUUCGUCUUCACAACUCACUUUCAACGCAUUGUUUGGCCACUGAAAACUACUGCUGCUACUCACCACCCUCUCUUGCUUAUACAUAUAUAGCAACUAUAAAUGUAGAAGACAAAGGCAAGAUUUCUCCUUCUCAAAGAGAUAAAGAGAGAAAUCCCACUUUUUCUUUGCUGGAAUUGAAUAUAUUCCUUGCAUGAAAGGUACAGUCUGUUGUGGUUGAGAACUGAAAAUGUAACCCAAGUCCUUGUUUUUUUGUUUUGGAUAUAAUUAAUAGGGAAAGGUUCACUCUCUGUGUUUGGAAAUUGUGGGAGAAAUGGGGUUACUGUACGAUGAUGCUGUGAUAAUUAGGCAGUCAGAGAAAGAAGAUGAGCCUAGUGUCAUCACUGUAAAUUGUCCUGACAAGACUGGUUUGGGUUGUGAUCUUUGCCGCAUAAUUCUCUUCUUUGGACUCACUGUUGCCGGAACUGAUGUAUCUACCGAUGGAAAAUGGUGCUACAUAGUGUUCUGGGUGGUAGGCAGACCGAGCACAAGAUGGGGGUUGUUGAAGAAGAGGCUGAUGGGGGCAUGCCCUUCUUUUUGGCUGGCUUGUGGAAUGUCAUCUUACUGGGCUGAGUUGCAGCCCUCCAAGCCUCCUGACGUCUUCCUCCUCAAGUUCUGUUGCAAUGAUCGAAGAGGCCUUUUGCACGAUGUAACGGAGGUUCUUUGCGAGCUUGAGCUCACAAUAAAGACGGUAAAAGUAUCGACAACUCCAGAAGGGAAAGUCAUGGACCUCUUCUACAUUACUGACACAAGGGAAAUUAUGCAUACAAAGAGGAGAAAGGAGGACGUGUAUGACCAUUUAAAAGCUGUUCUGGGGGAUGACACCAGCAGUUGUGAAAUAGAAAUCGCUGGUCCUGAUAUUUCAGCUUCUUCUCAAGAACCCUCAUUUCUUUCAGAUGCAAUCAUCGAAGACAUGUUCAAUAUAGAGAUGCUGGAAAAACAUCAAGACCACUCGCUCGCCUUUAAACGUCCAUCCAUCACGUUCGAUAACUUGUUGAGUCCUUCUCACACGCUCAUCCAAAUCGUUUGCCAGGACCACAAAGGUCUCCUAUAUGAUAUCAUGCGAACUUUGAAGGAUUAUAACAUCCAGAUUUCUUAUGUGCGCUUCACAACAAAAGGGAAAACAGAAUGUGAGUUGGACUUGUUUAUCAUGCAAGCAGACAGUAAGAAGAUAGCUGAUCUCCGAAAACAGAACUCAUUACGCUGUCGUCUCGAGAUGGAACUUAGCCAUCCUGUCAGAGUAGCUUUGAUCAGCCGGACCCAUGAUACCGAACUGGUAGUUGCUAACCCCAUUGAGUCAUCUGGGGAGGGCCGUCCCCUGGUUUUCUAUGACAUAACACUGGCUCUCAAGAUGCUAAACAAACCAAUCUUUUCGGCUGAAAUUGGGAGGCAUGUGAUCGAUGAUCAUGAGUGGGAAGUUUAUCGAGUUUUACUUGAUGAAGGGGAUGGUAACUCUGUUUCAAAGAAAGAGAUAGAAGAGACCGUGUGGAAGAUGUUAAUGAGUUGGGGGUAAAAACGAUGCACUGUUACUUCUCUGGGCUGCAACUGGCUGCUAGAUGUACAUAUCUUUGUUUUAUUUAUUGUAGAUCUACAAUAAAAGCUGAGAUUUAGGUCAUUUAGCUUUACCAACCUUGUAGUCCACAAUAUAUGUAAAAGCAACCUAGUUUGUUACAUAGUCAUCAGAAUGACUAUGUAAUGAGGUUACCUGACGAGCAUAAGCAAUAAAAUUUUG